AAUAAUUUGUUACGGUUCCUUAAGAAUUCUGUCGCCAGCAAACUACGAUGGUGCGCACAUUAUUAUCGCAGUCAAAAGUCACAAAAUAAUGAUUAAGCACGUUCAUCCGUUCAUCAUUCUUGAACAACUACGUACGAUAACAAAAUCUUAUCCAGCCGAGAAAUUACUAGAAACUUUGGCAGUAAAUUAUUUCUUGAUCCAGUUGUUCAUCAUGGUUAAAUUAUUAUAUGUUCAUGUGGCAGUUGGAACCAUAAAAGAAAGUCGCUUUAUUUUUUUAUCAGUCCAUGCAUGUACAAAGUUUUGUAAACAGUGUCGGCAUCACAAGUCUAACUCUACUCCUGAUUACGCUUGAAACAAUAUGCAUGGAAUUUGAUCUAAACUCUCGCUCGAUCUCCUACUCCCCACAACUGGUCAUGUCAAUUUACUAUACAAUAAUAAAGGAAAGAAUACAGGGAAUACUUUCAAGAAUGAUAGGCUCUCCGGAGUUAGUUUUGUCAACUUCCAGUCACUCAUCGUCAUUUUCAUAAACCCACGACGCAGUGUAAGUACCCCAGUCAGACAAGAUCAGUGUUGCAAACUUUGUCUCUUUGCAUAUACAUACAUAUGCACUAACAUAGAAAAUAAUACGUAUGAAAAGUGAGACGACGUGUUGAAAUAAACGCACAUUAUUAUUGAUAAGUAUAUAAACCUGGCCUCGAGACGGCUUCUUCUCCGCCUUCCUCAUUACUUAUUUUGAAUUCUUUAGCGAAUAAACAGUGACAAGUGUAUGUCGAAAGCCUUGUUGAGCAAAGCAUAAUACAUGCUCAUGUGCACUCUUCUAUAUGAUAAUCUGCUGGUAAUAAUCAUAAUGAAACCUAAGUGAAUUAGUUGUCAAUUGCCAAACUAAGCCAGGAAGAAUUUCAUAGUCGUAUGCAGUAAAGGGAGAUUUAAACUUGUGUGGUGUUGCUCAAGGUGAGCGGAAGGAUCGGCUAGUUAGUAAUUGGAUCGUGUUAAUUAAACAUUUUUUGAUCAUUUCACAUAAAAUAAUAGUGUACUUUGAUUGAUUGUUGAUCAGGUUGAUCAGUGAAGUGCAGUGCCAUAAUGUCUUAAAAUUUGGUCACAAAUCUUAUUCUAAUUUAAAUACCAUAUAUGAAAUUAAAAGUAAAGGUGAAUGUGUGCAUGCUAAUAAAUAUCAAGGAUUACAUACACCGGAUCUGAUCAUCUUUUCAAAAUGUUUGAAAUACUGCUGCCGAUUUUGAUGUGCCUGAUAAGUCGGUCCCACGCUGGAUAUGUUGCUCAUGGAUCAGACUACUACGAAACUCCAUUACUUGUAACCCCAAAAUAUCCGAAUUCCGUCAGUGCCAACGUGAGUCAAUUUCGUCCAACUCGAUGGAGAAUCUCCCCCGAUUUCAUUUUCGGCUUCAACAGCUCGACCACGAUGCUAAGAUUUGAGCUUAAAGUAGAUGAGGACACCCCGUCCAUGUUUCCGGUUUUCAUUUCCUUAAUACAACGAUAUUCUACUACACAAGUCGAGCUGCCUCUAAGUGUUCACUCCAAAACGGCAAACCCAAUACGAUACACGACUGCCAGCAGGACUCUCUGCCUGAUGGACAUAAACGAAGCUGAGAAAGACGCGGUAUUGGUCGCCGUUGCAACAGGAAGCUCUCAAUUAAUCGGAUUUCAUAUGAUGGUGAAAGUAAUUCAGGAGGAUUCUCAACUAAUCCUCGAUAAAUCAAGAAAACUAUCCACGUCCCCUACGACACCAAUCCUUAUCCGGGUCCCUUUUCAUGCUAAUGGUUCACAAAAUGUGGCUCUCCACAUAUCUGCGAGCAACGAAAAUUGUCUUGCAGUUGGGAUUCAAGAACCCAAGUGCCCAGCUUCAUUUCUUCCAUCCGAAGACAAUUUUCGAGGGGGAAAUGAGUGGAAAAUCAUGUCUAAAAAUGGACUGAUCAGAGUUGACAUGACAGAUUACCUCCGAGGGUUCUUUGUGAAAGUGGUUGUACUCUCUGAUGACACUUUGUGUGGAAAAAUGUACUCAAAGUCCACAGGACAUAGAUACACUGACCUUAAUAUCAGUUUGAAGAACGACCUUCCCAUAUCGGUCACAAAUGGCCAUUUUUUGCUACAAAUUGCAAUCCCACCCCUACUCAGUUUGAUUGUGGGGGUGAUUGUUGUAUCGGUGUACUUGAUCACAUAUACUUGUUCUAGGAGAAGAAUGUUGGCAUGCAGAACGUACAAUGUCAAUAAGUCUGAAACCAAAGCUGUUUGCGUGAAACAAUUUUCUCAAUCUCAAACUAUCAAGCCCAACAAGUACGGCAAGUGGACCAUUAUGGUUUCCCUUUUAUACGCUCUUCCUAUCUUAGAGCAGACCGUCUACAACGGAUUGAUUUCAAUGAAUAAUAACUCGGGCCUUUACGGGAUUUGUUCCUACAAUUCAUUGUGCUCUCACAAGUUCUGGAUUUUUCAGGAUGCCAAUCACUUGUGGUCGAAUGUGUCAUAUCUGGUUUUGGGGGUCUGUUUCAUUUUUGUAUCAUUUAUGAAGCAAUUCUUGCAAAAGAAAUCAGAAGAACAAGAGGGCGUACAGUAUUUCGUAGGGUUAUAUUACGCCAUGGGACUGGGCUUGAUUGCAAAGGGACUAAUGAGUUUCACUUAUCACUUCUGUCCAUCCAAAUCCAAUUUCCAAUAUGACAUGAUUUAUUUGGCUGUGUUGAUUGGCAUUUGUCAAGUAAAACUCUUUGAGGCUCGUCGUCCCAACACCGUUAGCAUUGGCUUUUCAUGUGCGGCAUUAAUCAUAAUCUUGACCAUCUCAACCCUUGGAAUCGCGUUCGAACGCUACUUUCGAGAUUUUGAAGACACCUUUUUUGGAUUUCGAAUAGCAGCCGCUGUUAUGCAAGGGAUUUUCAUUUUCUAUGCCUCUGUUUAUUCGCUUUACUGCGGCUACCCCAUAAAAAGAGUUUCACGGACAAUGGACAAGCAGGAAGUUGUUCCACUUCAAAGAAUUAGUGGAACUGCCGGUGAAGCCAGAGUUGAUUCAGUAACCGUACAGGCGUUCACAAAGACCUUGGGGAACAUUCCUAGGUUUUUGUGGAUUUUCCCCAAACUCUGGCAGUGGAAACUGCCAAAAUUCCGUUGGGAAAGGUUUCUUUACGCUUUGUUGCUACUGAGCUUAAACAGCUUCCUCAUAUACUUUUCACUGACGGCAAAUUAUUUCCAAUAUGUGUUCUUUUUCCUUGGAGCAAAUUUUGGCCUGAAUAUCGUCUACUACAUUCUGAUGAAAGUGAGAGGGAUUGUGUUUGGUGAAUUCACCUGCAAAUGGAAAUCGGUACAAGUUUUUGUGUAUUUGACAGUAGCUCUUUCGGUGGGCGUGGUCACUGGCUUCCUUUUUCUGCAAAAUGAGUGGAGUGAACCGUCAACCCAGCACAAAGACAAUGAUGAGGCCUGUAUGUGGGUGCUGCCUUAUCCGUUCUAUGAUAAGCAUGACAUCUUUCAUAUGCUCUCGGCUCAUGUGCUUUUCUUCACAUUUAUGGUCUUGUUGUCCAUUGAUGAUGGGAUUGAAGGCGUGAAUCAAGAAUAUCUCCUUGUCUUUUGAAACAUACGAUGUGCCGGAGGAAAAAUAAUUUAUCCUGAAACUGCCUUAGGAUAAUGCUUUUUUUGUUAUAUAUAGUUAGAUACGUGCAUGAUUACGUCUUGUGCAUACAGGCCAAAGGGUCAAGUAAUCAAUGCACUUGGAACGAGAUUACCGAAUCAAAUACACUCUUAUUUAAGCCCAUAUUAUUUGUAAGCUGCUGAUCAGUUUUUAUACAAGCUUUUAGUACUGCGGGUACAACUUUUGUAUUUCUUAAUAAGAUAUGAGCAAUAUUAAGACUUAUGAAUUAUUAAUGUUUUUCUGCGGAAUUUAUUAUGUUUUAGUGGACAUUGGAAUUUGACCUCAUAAUCUUGUGCCAAACAUCCAUGUCAAUAAAUACUUAUGGAAAGAUUUUUAAUCUGUCAUCGCUUAUCGUAGUAUUGAGCGUUUAUAAUCAAAUAUUGAUGAAUGACUGCUUAUAUAUACAUAUAUAUGCAAGAAAACUGUAGCUCCCAUACAAAAUAUGAUGCUGGUUAUCUUCAGUGUUGGCUGAUUAACUUGAACAGACCCAUGUUCAUGACCCAUGUUAUGUAUGCAUAUGUACAUAUAUUUAUAGAUGAAGGCGUAAUUGUUGUUCGUAAAUAAAGUUAUUACUAAAUAG